AUGAGCGUUCCGGCUCACAGCGAAAUUGUGCUUGAAGGAUAUGUUAGCUUAGAUGAAUAUCUCCCCGAAGGACCAUUUGGAGAUCAUACCGGUUAUUACAAUGAUAUAGAAACUUUCCCAGUCUUUAACAUUAAAACUAUUACUAUGAAGAAACAACCAAUAUAUCUUAGUACAUAUACUGGUAAGCCUCCAGAUGAACCGUCUAUAUUAGGAGAAGCACUGAAUGAAAUAUUUAUUCCUAUACUUCAACAACAAUUUCCGGAAAUUGUAGAUUUUUGGUUACCACCUGAAGGCUGUUCCUAUAGAGUGGCAGUGGUGUCUAUCCGUAAAGCAUAUCCCGGGCACGCAAAAAGAAUUAUGAUGGGCAUUUGGUCAUUUUUAAGGCAAUUUAUGUAUACAAAAUUCAUUAUAGUAGUAGAUGAGGAUAUAAAGAUUCGUGAUUGGCAAGAAGUAAUUUGGGCUAUAUCUACUAGAAGUGAUCCUGCCAGAGAUAGCAUAAUUAUUGAGAAUUCUCCAAUAGAUUAUCUUGACUUCGCUUCGCCUUUAUCAGGACUGGGUAGUAAAAUCGGGAUCGAUGCAACUAAUAAAAUCUCCCCGGAGACUAAUAGAAAUUGGGGCAAAACAAUAGAAAUGACCGAUGAAAUCAUUAAGAAAAUUGAUACAAUAUGGGAAUUUCUUAAAAUAUAA